CUUCUCUCCAGGUCCCUGUCUGGGCGUAUUGUUGGAGGUGUGUGGUGGUUCUUCACCCUCAUCAUCAUCUCCUCUUACACAGCCAACCUAGCUGCUUUCCUCACAGUGGAGAGGAUGGUCUCCCCCAUAGAGAGCGCGGAGGACUUGGCCAAACAGACCGAGAUAGCCUACGGGACACUGGACUCAGGUUCUACUAAGGAGUUUUUCAGGAGGUCCAAAAUAGCCGUAUACGAGAAGAUGUGGUCGUUUAUGAAGUCUGCCGAGCCGUCAGUCUUUGCCAAAACCACAGCAGAGGGCGUGGCGAGGGUCCGCAAGUCCAAGGGAAAGUACGCUUUCCUCCUGGAGUCAACAAUGAACGAAUACACGGAGCAGCGGAAGCCUUGUGACACCAUGAAAGUCGGGGGAAACCUGGACUCCAAAGGAUAUGGGAUUGCUACACCGAAAGGCUCACAGUUAAGAAACGCGGUUAACCUGGCCGUGCUAAAGCUCAACGAGCAGGGCCUGUUGGACAAAUUGAAAAACAAGUGGUGGUAUGACAAAGGAGAAUGUGGCAGCGGGGGAGGGGAUUCCAAGGACAAGUCGUCUCAGGCCCUGAGCCUGUCCAACGUGGCGGGGGUCUUCUACAUCCUGGUGGGCGGCCUGGGCCUGGCCAUGCUGGUGGCCCUGGUCGAGUUCUGCUACAAGUCACGGGCCGAAGCCAAGCGCAUGAAGCUUUCUUUUUCUGAAGCUAUGCGGAAUAAGGCCCGUCUGUCCAUCACAGGAAGUGUGGGGGAGAAUGGCCGCGUCCUGACGCCAGACUGCCCCAAAGCUGUGCAUGCUGGCCACGCCUCCCUCCGACACCCCGGCCUUGCAGUGAUCUCCUCCGGACUGCCCUGAAAACCAAAAACACCUGCCGUGCCUUAACGACACACAAACAUAGAGACUUGGACAAGGAUAUACACACAACCACACGCAAUCACACACUUACCAAUAUCCUGCAUAACACACACACACACACAAAUACAUGCAUUUAAUAACAGAUACUCAAAGCUCACAUUUAUACACACUUGAAAACAGAAUCACAGACUGCGCAUCAUCAUCUCACUUUCCUGCUGCCAUUGACUUAUUUUACAAGAGAUAAGUGAAAUUCAACUAUGGAGUGAGCAGCGGAGAAAAAAGCAAAGGACAACAAUGACGUUCACACUUGCCUGCAGCAUUCAUUCUAUUGUUUUUUGGGAGGACACAUGACAGGAAAGCCAGCACAGACUUUUGUGAAAUGAACUAUGAGCUUCGAACCUGACCGCAAAACUGAUCAUGAUGAUGAUGAGACAAAUAUGGUGAUCGCAGCUGACUGUAAAAAAAGAAAAAAAGACUACCAAACAACUCUGUUCCUGGUCUUUCUUCGUUGGACAGUGUUGGCCAAUGAGCCCCACACCUUGACAACGCCUUACUAAGACUACAAACAUUGUUUUCAUCAUCAUCAUCAUCAUGGUCAACGUCCUCUUAACUUGCCUGCAAAGAGUGCCAGGUACUAUCACCCUUAGAAGACCAGAAAACUGUAAGCUUGAACGUUUGGACUGUACAAACCCCCCUUCUUUGCCAUUGACUGUUCAAACUGAAUGAAUAUGCUUUCUUACUACGCAUAUAGAAUAGUUUCUCGCCCCCAAAACCAGCGAGAUAAUCAGCCAAUACAAAACAGAAGUAACCUCGAAACACACACAUGUGGCUAAUCUCAACCACAUUAUUCACAGGGGUUUGUAAAGAAAAAAAACAGUAGUAAUUAAUGAAGUCCUUCAUCAAUAGCAUCGUCAUGACAGUAGAAUUGCUAAAUAGCAAAUUGUCCAUUACUUUUUGCCUAGGGGCAAAAGGUGAGGUUUAAACUGUAUAUUCAGUGAUGGAAAGAAAAAAUAAAACACAUGGGCAGAUCUCAAAUGGCUACCUAACAAAGUGCUUCUCAACCUGAAUGCAGGGACCUUAUUACAAAUGUACAGAAUAAAUGGGAAUGAAUAUUGUGUUUAAUUAUGGAAACCAAUUCUGCCUCCAUGUCUUCUUGAAUAAUUAAUCCAGGCAAUGGAAAAGGCAAAUAAAAGUUCAUCACUCUUUGCAUGUUUCCUACUCACGGCUAGAGUAGUAAACCAUUUGUUUCAAGUGCUAUAAUAAGGUUGAGAACCACUAUUCUAUAAUGUGGGCACUUCAUUUAACUUGACCUACAGUAUAGGUAUCAUUUUCAAUUGUCUCUAAAGGUAAAUGACUGUAAUUGGCAGUUAGGUUGUCAUUUGAGAUUUUCAGUCUUUUCCACUGGCCGGGUAAAGGUACCAUAUCAGAAAGCUUGCGUUUUAAAACUGUUGUAAAUAACUGCGUAGCAAAACAGAACUCACCUGUCUUUUUUAAUCAUCUUAGAUAACAAUUCAUUGCAAUAAUGAAUAUAAAAGAAAAUGCCAAUACUUGUAAUUAAAAUCAAAUCUUUUUUAUAAAUCUACAUAUAUAUAUAAUACAAAUAAAUAUAUAUCUAUACGUCUAUAGAGAGCUAUAGAAAACAUUGAUCACAGAUUGUCAGAGGCCAUGGCAUACAUUCUGUUACAUGGCUGUUUUUUUGAUAACUUGAGAAUAUUAUUAUGCCACAGUCUUUGUGUGUCCUGCUCAACACUGAAUGUCCAUCUGACACUCAUACGGACACACACAUGGAAUCGCACGCACAUACAUUGUUCCAUACACAGGGUCAGCUCAGAGUGAUCACCCCUUUAUUUUUGCCUGUCUGUCUAUUUGACCAGUAGUUUAUCACUGUUCUUCAUUGUCUAACGAUGUUUGUUUUGUUAUCACUAAACCUUCUGAUAGCGAGCUGCAAAGGCCCCUGAAACAGCAUGGAGAUGCCAGUAUUCAGCACUGGAGCUGAUACAAUGAGAACGCUCAUUUAGGCAGGCUGCUAGAGAGGAUGGGCCACUGCGAUCACUGUACUGUAGGGAAACAAUGCUGUCUGACUUCUGGAGGGUGUAGCAUUUGUGUUGUAUUUCAUAAUGCCUCAGUGCUUUUUGUUAUUUGUCUUCUCACCAAAUGUGAGUCAGCUUCAGAUUGAAAUUGAGUUUAAGCUGAGCAGGGUUUGUUAUUUCUGGGGACAUGUUUUGCUCUAUUGUACUUGGUAAGAGCAAUCAAUCAACAUAACAAAUUUGCUAUAUACCAUAUGGCAGUCUGCUUUGGGACAUCCACUUAAUUCAAGCCUUGGUGAGAGGAAAAUAUAAAAAAAAUAAUAUCUGAGGCUCAAUUAGGAUAAAUUAUUUUUAAAGGAUUGUCAGUGCAGUUCUACUUUUUGUUGUAAUGCAACUCGGUAUGGUGGAAGUGCGAGAUAGUGUCAUAAUACAACAGUACUGUAUGUGGGAAUGAAAUAUUGUGUUUUCUGCCCUGCUGCUUUUUCCUUUUCUCCCUUGACCUCUUUGGGUUUUUUCUCCCAUUUAUCCUGUGCCCUACCGCCCAUCCCUCAAAUCAUACCUCCCUCUUGUUUAGUCUCUCCCUUCCUCUCUUUCUGCUUUAGUCUCCCACUCCUGUCCUACAGUGUGACACAACUCUCUCUACAAGGAACAUCUCAGAAAUGAAAAAUGACUUUAUUUUCUGCUUUGACACACUGCAAAAUAAUGGGAUAGAGAACUUGAGACAUCAUGGAAAAUCUGAGUUGAACCUGGUAUACCUCUAAAGUCAUAACCUCUAACAUUUUACACAAAAAAGUCACUUAUUUGUUUAACUCACACAUGUUUUGUUUUACUUACACUGGACAUGAAUCCUAUAUCCAAUGUAAAACACAAAAGAAAACGUUGAAAAUACUAUCUUAAAACCACAAGCUUCUGGCAGAAAAGAUAGUUAGACAGUUUCUAAUAACCUCUACUCUGCCCGGGGAUCAGUACAGCAGCACUGCAGCAAUCAAACUUGAGAGGAAAAAGGAAAUAGUUAUCCAGACGAUACAUUUGUGAAGAGACAUUUAACAAGGA